AAUUUCUCUUAAUUGAAUCUCGCGUUUCGGUCUUUUAUUGUGAGCAUUGCUAUAUCUGUUUAUUUGGAAUAUAUACACAACAUAACCGUCAACAUGGCUGCCUCCGCAGUGGAGAAGGUUCUCCCAAAACCGAAGAUAGAGAUGUACAGCGGCUCAUACUUCCUUGCCUGCGGCCUGGGCGGAAUUGUCGCUUGCGGUCCAACCCACACAGCAAUUACCCCUCUAGACCUCGUCAAAUGCCGGCGCCAAGUCGACCCCAAAAUCUACUCCUCUAAUGUAAACGGGUGGAGCACCAUCUACCGGGAGGCCGGACUACGCGGAGUCUUCUUCGGUUGGUCGCCUACCUUCGUCGGGUACUCGUGUCAGGGUGCAGGAAAGUAUGGAUUCUACGAGGUCUUCAAGUAUCUUUACGGCCAGAAACUCUUUCCAAAUGCGAAUAAAACCGUUGUUUUCCUCGGCGCGUCGGCGACGGCUGAGGCAAUCGCGGAUCUGGCGCUCUGUCCGUUCGAGGCGAUUAAGGUGAGGAUGCAGACUACGCUGCCGCCGUUCGCGAACAACAUGCGCGAAGGAUGGGCGAAGAUUGUCCGUGAGGAGGGAUAUGCUGGUCUUUAUAAGGGUCUCUAUCCUCUCUGGGCCCGCCAGAUCCCGUAUACUAUGGUUAAAUUCGCGACGUUCGAAAGAGCCGUCGAGUCCAUCUACACGCACCUUGACCGCCCCAAGACCUCGUUUAACAAGACAGAGCAGCUCGGUGUAUCCUUUGCGGGAGGUGUUAUUGCCGGUAUCUGCUGCGCCAUUGUCUCGCACCCUGCCGACGUUAUGGUUUCGAAGCUCAACUCGGAGCGUAAGGCUGGUGAGGGCGCGGGACAGGCCGUCUCUCGCAUCUAUAGCAGGAUUGGGUUCGGAGGACUUUGGAACGGAUUGCCGGUUAGGAUUGCCAUGUUGAGUAUCCUGACGGGUUCUCAAUGGUGUAUUUUUGAUAGCUUUAAGGUUGGGCUUGGGUUGCCGACUACUGGCGGCCAUUAGUAGUAGAGAGCGUAGAGAUAUGAUUUACAGAAAUGUAUAUAAAGGAAGUCAUAAAUUCAUGUGUAGCUGGU